AUGUUUAAUCAGGUCAAAUUAAGGUUAGAAGAUAUAACAUCGGUUGGUGUGAUUGUUCUGGAACAGUUGAUUCUAGGCAUCACCUGGUUUUUGCCUGAGCCACUCAUUGCAUUUUUCACCGGUCUUGCCAAGUUUUUAUUCAGUCUCCAAGUUACCAGAAACCCUCUUUAUAACAGAUAUUUGUACUCGGGCAAUUUACAAGACGAUAAACUUUUGAAGAGAGCAGAGGAAUUGAGAAAAGCAGAUGAUUUCCAAGAGCUCUGUGCAAUUUAUGGUUACAAAUCGGAAAGUCAUUUGGUUCAAACAAGAGAUGGUUACUUAUUGACUGUUCAUCGUAUAAAUCCAGAACAGAAUGGGUUCCGUCCAAAUGGUGAGAUAGUGUACUUCCAACACGGACUGCUGAUGAACAGUGAGAUUUGGGUUUUGAUGGCCAAUUCCGAGGAAAACCUGCCCUUCCGGUUGUGUGAAUUGGGGUACGAUGUGUAUCUGGGGAACAACAGAGGCAACAAAUAUUCCUCAAGACAUACCUCACUUUCGGUCAAUGAAGACGAAUUUUGGAAUUUUUCAAUUGAUGAGUUUGCGCUGUACGAUAUCCCUGACUCGCUCGAUUACGUUCUGAAGUUGAAUAAUAUGUCCAAAUUAACAUAUAUCGGAUUCAGUCAGGGCUGCUCCCAGGUGUUAGCCGCUAUUUCCAUUAACAACGACCUUAACAGUAAGAUUGGCAAGCUGAUCUUGAUAUCGCCCGCUACAACUCCAAAGAAACUGUCCAACUGGCUCAUAAACUCGAUCGUUCACUUCCAACCUGCUCUUAUUUAUUUAUUAUUUGGCCGCAAAAUCCUCAUGAAGUCUGUCUUAUUUUGGAGAAACAUCACUUACCCUCCGUUCUUUACGAAACUCAUUGACAUUUCCAACGACAUCUUGUUUGACUGGAAAUCCCUCAACAUCGAUCCAAUACAAAAAUUCAUUAGUUACUUUCAUUUAUACUCAACCACCUCCGUGAAAAGCGUUGUCCACUGGUUUCAAAUCAUCAAAUCCAAAAAAUUCCAAAUGUAUCAAGAAUCGGACCUGUUUUCGGCGUUCGAGUAUCCUAUCCACUCGCAUAUCAAACUUUCCAAAAUUCUGCUGAUCUAUGGUAUGUCCGACUCGUUGGUUGACAUAAAACUGAUGAUCGAGCAGCUGCCGCAAUUCAGUGAGUGCAAAAUGUCUGUUCUGACUGCAGCAGAUGUCAAUAUGAAGCCGCUGCUCACAGAUGAAGACGAGAAGUUAGAAGAUACGGUUAAAGCCAGUGACGGCACCAGUUUGAAUAUUGUGGGGGUCGAAAAUUAUGAGCAUCUUGACCUCAUCUGGGGAGAAAACAUUUCCUAUUAUGUGACCGGCAAUGUUACGGCAUUUCUAGCUGAGUAG